CACUUCACUUCAGUCUGCAGUGAGGAGACGUGAAAACCAACAAAGUCCAAACUUACCACCAUGAAGAAGACUUUAGUGUUUAUCUGUCUCGCCUGCUGUGCUCUGUCAGCACUAUCAUUGGUUGAAGACACAAAGAAGAAUAAACCUCCUUCAUCAAUGGCUCCUGCAAGUGAAUUUGACAACUCGACACCCAUUACCACCCCCAACCCUGCCACUACUAAGGCCACCACCACCACCACCAAAACCACCACAACCAUGCCCACUAUGGCCCCCAACACCACCACCCCUACCACUACCAAAUCUACCACCACAACCAUGCCCACUACGGCCCCCAACACCACCACCUCUACCACUACCAAAUCUACCACCACAACCAUGCCCACUACGGCCCCCAACACCACCAUCCCUACCACUACCAAAUCUACCACCACAACCACGCCCACUACCACCCCCAACACCACCACCACCAAAUCUACCACCACAGCCAUGCCCACUACCACUAAACUUCCUACUCCUACUCCUCCAACCAACUUGACUGUUGGAAACUACACUGUGAAGAAAGGAAGCGAGAUUUGCCUGAUGGCUCAGAUGGCACUACAGAUUCGACUGGUCUCAAAAGAGGUCUAUGGAACUUUCAACGUUCUACCAAGUGAGACCAAAUUUUCUGGCUCUUGUUCUGCAACUACAGCCAGRCUUAUACUAACCUUUAAAGAGGGCAACAUCACCUUCAACUUUAACAAGAGCGUUGCUGACAACACUGCCUAUGUUGAUUCUCUGUCCUUCUACCUGACUUACUCCUUCAGCGCUGGUAAAAAUGGAAGUCCUUACAUUGCCAGCAACAAGUCUCUGCAUCUGUUCCCUGCAAAGAUCGGACACUCCUACUCCUGRAGCAAUGAGUCCAUCUUUAUGGGCAGCGGCCUCUACCUGGAUGUCAGUAAAGACCAGAUGCAAGGCUUCGACAUCACUAAAAAUAAUUUUGGCUCUGCUGACCCCUGUCCUGCUGACACCAAAGACUAUACAGUUGCCAUUGCUGUGGGCGUGACACUGCUGGUGCUGGUUAUCAUUGUGGUGGUGGUCUACCUGCUAAGCCGCAGAAGAAGAACGACUGGUUACCAGUCUCUGUGAGAACGUCCAACAGAAAAGUCUCACAACUUAUCAGCGAGAUGUGGAUKUUAUAGGGGCACUGAGACCUGUGGGAUAUUCUGACCUCAAACGUUUCUUUGAUCRACAUUUAUAAAGCAGAUUUAAAACUGGGUACAUAUUAGAUUCUUAGAUACAAAUGGAAACAUUUUUCUCUCAACAAAGACAAACUUAUGAAAUUGAAUUUUGUUUAAUUAUCCCUAUAGUAUCCAGUGUUCAGAAACUUACAGGCACAAUCAUAUUAAUAAAGAGAGAGAGAGAGAGAGAGAGAGAGAGAGAGAGAGAGAGAGAG